AUGCACGCCUUCACCACCAUCGCCGCCGCCCUCCUGGUCGCUGGAGCCCAGGCUGCCCCUGCUCUUGAGAGCCGCCAGAUCAUCUACGGAUGGCGAAGCUACUUCACUGGUGACGGCAUCGUCGACCAAUACGUCAGCGUCGGCCACGAUAUCGACGUCACUGGCGCCAGCGGCAAGACCUGGAACCUCGACUGCGGCACGACAUCGCAGCAGCUCGUCCCUAACGUCUUCGCCAAGUGCGACGUGAACGGAAAGCAGCCCUUCGGCAUCACUGCCAACGCAAAGGACGUCAACGCCAUCAACUGCCCGAUUUCCUAA